AUGCUCAAUCUGACCAUCACCAUCCGCCCCGAGUUUCCAUUACCUCCAAGACCUCAGCGGCGCGGUAUCCCUAUCAUGCAAUUUCCUCGCGAGAUCCGCAACCAAAUCUACCGUGAUGCUCUCGUCGAACCCAAAAGAUCCGAAAUUACCCAUGAGCCUGGCUGUCAGUUCAAGUCGGAUAAAUCUACCAAAUGGGAACCCCCCGCUUUCUUGCUGAAAAACGUCACGGUCUGCGAGAACCCGCAUCGUCUCGUUACGAAAUCGGCUUGUACCUGUGACAAGCGAAAAUGCAUCAACCUGCUCCAAGCUAAUCGCCAGAUUCACGCCGAAGCAGCGCCCAUCUUUUGGUCACAGAAAACGUUCUGCUUUUUGAGCGGUUUUGAGGUCAUCGUGGCCUUAAAGCACAUUCUCCGUCAUCAGUACCGCAACUGCGUGACUGAAAUUUGCCUCAUGAGCCCCGCCGACAAUGGCGCGCCUCUACAUGUCUCGCUUGAUGGGUCGAGCCUGGGUGACAGUUGUCCUAAGAACUGGCCCCUCUUCUGGCACACGAUCUCAAAGUGCUUCAGCUUGAGACGGCUACAGAUCUCACCUCGUAUCGUCAUGACAAGCAGGUUUGAAGUACUCCACGUGACAGUCAAGCGCCCCAAGCUGGAGAUCGAGCUGGUGUCCCUCAUUCCUUUCUUCCAGAGGGGGCAGUCCAUGGAAGAGUACCCCUUUGAGAUCGACUCGGGAAUGCAUCAUCGAACCAUUUACGGCGAAGUUCGCUACGGGGUGCAUUCCAUCGAGCAGUUGAUGCAGGAGGACGAAGAACAGGAGCCAGACGAGCGUUACUGGGGCUGUCUUGCUGAGGACUGCGAUAUAUACAACUUGUAUAUCUUCGCUGAUGUUCGAGAACGUCUCCUGGACUCCUGGUGCUGUGGACGGUAUGCGUCCCCAAACGCCACUGGUGAUGAAGACGACGAGUACUGGCCAUUUUAUUUCGAUAUUUGGCAUGCCAUGCAUCAAGAAAGGAACAAGUUCAUGGCGGCAUUGGAUGACGGAAAUGAGUUUGUCGUACUGUUUUAUGGCUUGCCACCGUCCGGUAGACAGGCAAGACAAGCUGCGAAGCAGAAGUAUGCCCUGGAGAACAAGCAGCGGGAGAUGAACGGCAUGACUGACGCAGAAAGAGAAGUGAACAAGAAGUCCCGUCAGCUGAGAAAAGAAAAGAGGAAGAAGCUGGAAGAGGAGAGGCAGGCCAUCGCUGACGAGAAUCCGCGGCUCCCUGACCCGAAUAUCAACUGGGUGAGUCCCGAGAUCUUGGAGAAACAGCAGAAGGAGGUUGCCUUGAAGGAGAUUAGGAGGUCUCAGAAAGAGAAUUCGGAGAUGAGACGCAAGGAAAGGAAACGAGUACAGCGGUGA